AGGGUGGUCGUGUAAAAUAAAUAUAAAAUGACAAAAGGAACGGAACAAUUGAAGAUAUUUCUUCAAAAUAUCGCAAAAAAAGAAAAUUAUCUACUCAGUAAAAUCGACAUCAAACCAAUCUCUUCUGGAGGAGCCAACUACACCACAGAUUUAUACCUGGCCACAAUUUCAGAACUUCUAAAACCGGAUAUAAAUAUUUUUGCCAAAGCCGCCAAUUUGAAUGAGGACGCAAGAAAAAACAAUGACUUCCUAUCCAGGGUAUACGAAACAGAAGCAGUUUUUUACUCAGAACUGGCCGUAAACUUCGAAAGAAUUUACAAUAAGUGCCAAGUCCCUGUAGAAGACAGGUUGUAUAUACCCAAAUAUUACGGGCACUUAUUAGUCCCUUACGAGGAACUUCUAGUUCUGGAAAAUCUCGAAGCAAAAGGAUAUAAGAGCUUUGAUAGAAUGAAGACUUUCGAUUGGGAGUAUGCAUCAACAGCUGUUACGCAGUUGGCAAAAUUUCAUGCUCUUGGACUAGCAUUGCGUGAUGAAAAUCCUCAUGAGUUUACAAGAAUAGUCGACAAUUUCAAAUUUGAUUUAUCCGAGAACGAAGAGAUGAUGAACAUAUUUUUAAAACCGCUGCUUGAGAAUGGAUGUGAAGGCUUAAAGGCUGAUCAUGAGGAACGACUCCUAAAGUUUUUCGCCUCGACAGAGAAGAUAGCGAUGCUGAUGACCACGAUGAAGAAAGACGAAAAAUUCUUGAUUCAUGGAGAUUAUAGACCAAGCAAUUUGAUGCACAGGCGCCGCAACGGUAAGCUAGAGGUAGUCCCUUUAGACUACCAAACCCUGAGGAGUGGAAAUCCAGUAGCUGACCUGAUGCAUUUCGUCUUCUCUGGCUCUGAUGAGGAGUUCCGUCGUUUCCACUACCAGCGGCUCAUGGACCACUAUUUCACGCAGCUGACCUCGGCGUUGCAGCAGCUUAAUGUGGAUGUGGAGAAGAUGUAUCCUCGGGAAACCUUUGAUGCAGACCUAAUUGAGAUGAGACCCCUAGGUCUGUUCCUAGGUAUAAUGAUGGCGGGAAUGGUAACAGUGGCCCCAGAAGAAGCGCCCAAGCUGGAUGGAGACAUAACCAAAAUGCAGGUCAAACCGAACCAGCUCGCUUUGGAACGCAUACAUGGGAUCGUUAAAGACUUCGUUCGAUGGGGAGUUUUGUAAAGAGUCCUUAAUAAAUUUAAUGAGGAUUUAUAGCAUAACAAAGUUAAGUUUAAAUGAUUUCCUUCAUUCACGACGCA